CAAAAUAAGACACAAAAAUUCUCUGUUGGUGACCCCGACCCAAAGAAAUGGCAGCCGAGCCGCCCAGACCCAGCGAACUGUCCUAUUUGGCCGAGCUGAAGACGCGAUUCCGGGAGCUGCAGAAGCGUCAGGCCGCCUUCAUGGAACAGACGGCCCAAAUGCUCACCCGGAUGAGCUCUACGGCCGUGGGACAGGUCUUCCUGGACAGUUCAAGUGCGUGUCCCGGCCAGGUUGAUAUCAAAAGGCUGAUUCGACGCUUCGAGGAUCUGCGCAAGACCUCGGAACAGUUGAAAAAUUUCCAAAGGGUGCCCGAGGAGCUAAUUAAUGUGGAUGUCCGGCGGCUGCUCAAGGACUAUGAAAAGUUUAUCGAAGAGGGUAAUGUGCUGCAGAGAUCGUGGCUACGUCUCAGGAAAUCUGCGGAAAGUGGCAUGGAUUUGUCGGAGACCGAAACACUAUCGAUUGUGGGCACAGAGAGCUCCAAGGAGACCAAUGAUUCGGUCUCCAAGGAGUCCAAAGAUUCGGUCUCCAAGGAGUCCAAAGAUUCGACCUCAAAGGAGACCAAUGAUUCGCCCUCGAAGGAGUCCAGUGAUUCGGCUUUAAGGGAGCUCAAUGAUUUAUCCUCUAAGCAGUCCAAGGCUUCGGUUUUGAAGGUGUCCAAUGAUUCGUCAAAGGUAUCCAAAGAUUCGGCUUCAAAGGUGUCCAAUGAUUCGUCCUCAAAGGUGUCCAAUGAUUUAGCUUCAAAGCAGUCCAAGGAUCUAUCCUCUAAGGAGUCCAAAGCUUCGGCUUUAAAGCUGUCCAAUGAUCCAGCUUCAAGGGAGUCCAAUGAUUUGCCCUCCAACGAGUUCAGGAAUGGUUCAGAAGAUCUUUUAGUGGUGAAAAACGUAGAAAGGAACUGCAGCAAACAAAAGUACGGACGCGCCCGUUGGGGGGCUCUGUUGCAGCUGAUGAUACGCCUGAGUCCGUUCCACACUUGCGGCAAGAGGGGCAGAAAGCGGCUGUAAUCCGGCAGCAGUUCAUCCAUUAUGCUGCCCAAGGAAAUCCCAUAGAAAUCCCACUUGCCACACACACACAUAAUCCCAUUGAAAAUAAUCCAAUAAAAUGCAUAAAUCAAUAGCCAACACCA